CCACCUCUCCAGGUGUGUCCAGGUGUUGCAAUAGAUGCCUCACAGCUGCUUGUCUCUCCAGGUGCAUUGUGGGUGACUGCAUCUGUUUCUUUGUUGUAAAAACAACGGAUCAGAGCCUAAAACGUAAGCCCUGCACCCCCCGAACGCCAGCCUGCAUCACACGCGGACAGUGGCUCUCGCCUCCAUCCGGUUGUCGUCAUGGGAACGGUGCUGUCUCUGUCUCCGGGCUCACGGAAAGCCGCUCGGGGCCCGGAGGAGCUCGCGGUAAAGAAGCCGCUGGAGGAAGAGGAGAAAGACGGAACAAGGAAGAAGAAGAGGCACCCGGUGCUGCUGCACGCGCUCAGCUGGAAGAAACGGCUCGUGGCUGCGCGAGCGAAGAGGAAGGGAGGGAAGAAAGUGAAGCCCGCAGUGUCUGAGCCCAGGCACGUGCAGCAGGAGUGCCGCGAGCCCCGAGUAGCGAAGCCCGGACACAAACACGGACCCAUCCCGGUGCCCGUGCCUACGGUCCCAGACCAGAACCAGAGACAGGCCCGGCCCGAGCCGCUCGUGUCCCCGCGGAGGGUAGUGGUUCAGGCGUCCACAGGUGAGCUCCUUCGCUGUCUCUCCGACUUCAUGUGUCGCCGCUGCGUCAAACUGAAGGAGCUGUCAUCCAAUCAGAUCGUUCUGUGGUUCAGAAACGUGGACCGAGCGUUGCUGGUUCAGGGUUGGCAGGACCAGUGCUUCAUCAGUCCGGCCAGCCUGGUGUUCGUGUACCUGCUGUGCAGGGACGUGGUGGAUGAGGAUACUGCUUCAGAGCACGAGCUCCACGCCACCUUCCUCACCUGUCUCUAUCUGGCCUACUCCUACUUGGGCAAUGAGAUCUCCUACCCCCUGAAGCCUUUCCUGGUGGAGUCCAGUCGUGAUGCAUUCUGGGAUAGAGCGCUGGAGCUGAUCGAGCGUCUUAGCGGCGACAUGCUGCGGAUCAACGCCGAUCCACACUUCUUCACCGAGGUGUUUCAGGACCUGAAGAAGCAGGGCACAUCAAGAGCGAGGGAGGCGGAGAAAGAUGGGAAACAGCAGGAGAAGGAGGAAUUGAAAGAGGGGCAGGAGGAAAAGAUGGAGAAGAAGGAGGAGGUCAGCAAAGAGAAACCUGAGGAGCAGCAGCAGCAAGAGAAGGAGGGGCCGAAUGAAGACAAUGAAGAAGGCAAGCUGGAUGAUCUGGACCGCUAACAGAGAGAGGAGAUCGGCAGUGUUUGUUACCGAGACUCGCCCAGCAACCAUUGACCCGCCAGGGUCUGAAUGUAAACCGCUGUUAGCGCGGCGACUGACAAGCGGCAGGCGCGAUGCCGAAAGUUUUACGGACACUAGCUCACUUUAACUGCAUGAUGUCAAUCAAGCUUGUAGACAAGUUAACAUGGCAACCCUACCAUCUCCAGCCUUAUUUUGUUUAGUUGCACAAUUUGGGGGCAGGGACAGAAAGCAUCACACGUGACAGCAGCAUGUUCAGGUCAACGCUGGUUUUGGUUCUGU